AUGGAACAGAUGAAGCAGGAGGCUGAGCAGCUGAAGAAGCAGAUUGCGGAUGCCCGGAAAGCCUGUGCAGACACAACACUUGCUCAGCUCAGCCCCAGCCUGCCCUGGUACCCGGGGUUGUUCUUCCCCAGACACCGGACUCUGCCCUUGCUGAACUCCAUCCAGAGGAGCCUGAGGAACCUGAGCAGGGUCCGGCGGCUGAGGGGGAGGGAGACCCUGCGGCCCCGGCCCCGCGCUCUGCUGCUGCUGGAGGGGCCGGGGCUGCGGGGCCGCUGCGUGCGGGACACGGGGGGGCAGUGCGGGACACGGGGGGGCAUGGUCGAAGGGUUAGCUCUGCUGGAUUUAGGGGUCUCACCAUAUUCUGGAGCUGUUUUUCAUGAGACCCCCCUGAUAAUCUAUCUCUUUCACUUCCUGAUCGAAUAUGCUGAGUUGGUGUUCAUGGAGGAUAGAAGUCUCUGCUUGUUCUCCCUCAUUCAGUUUAAAAAGCAAAAGCUCCUGAUAGAACUGGAUAAAUAUGCACCAGAUGUGGCUGAACUCAUCCGGACACCCAUGGAGAUGCACUACAUCCCUCUAAAGGUAGCACUGUGCUACCUGUUAAACCCCUACACUGUGAUGUCUUGUGUGGCAAAGUCCACCUGUGCCAUCAACAACACUGUCACUGCAUUCUUCAUUUUAGCUACAAUAAAAGGUAGUGCCUUCCUCAGUGCUGUGUUCCUGGCCUUAGCAACAUACCAGUCACUCUACCCUCUCACACUGUUUGCUCCAGCACUCCUUUACCUGCUACAGCGUCAGUUCAUACCAAUAAAACUGAAAAGUAAAAGCUUCUGGCUCUACACAAUGCAGUAUGCAGCCCUGUACCUCUGCAGCCUGGUGGUGAUCAUCUGCCUCUCCUUCUUCCUCCUCAACUCCUGGGAUUUUAUUCCGUCUGUUUACGGGUUUAUCCUUUCUGUUCCGGAUCUGACUCCCAAUAUUGGCCUUUUCUGGUACUUCUUUGCAGAGAUGUUUGAACACUUUAGUCUUUUCUUCGUAUGUGUGUUUCAAAUCAACGUGUUCUUCUACACCAUCCCCUUGGCAAUAAAGCUAAAGGAACACCCCGUGUUCUUCAUGUUUGUCCAGAUUGCAAUCAUCUCUAUCUUCAAGUCCUACCCAACUGUUGGAGAUGUUGCCCUGUACAUGGCCUUCCUGCCAGUCUGGAGCCACCUUUACAGAUUUCUCCGGAACAUCUUCAUCCUGUCCUGUGUGCUCAUUGUCUGCUCCCUCCUGUUCCCAGUCCUGUGGCAUCUCUGGAUUUAUGCAGGAAGUGCCAACUCCAACUUUUAUUAUGCCAUCACGUUGACUUUCAACAUUGGGCAGAUCCUGCUCAUCUCGGAUUAUUUCUACGCCUUCCUGCGCCGGGAGUUCUACCUCAGCCACGGGCUGCACCUGACGCGGCCGGACGGGACAGAGGCCGUGCUGGUGCUGAAGUAA